CGACAGUAUAGGCUGCAGACAAAAAUGAAGGUUCUGUUAAUACUUGUAGGUUGUUGGGCCCUGUUGGGUGUAAUUGGAGCAAAUCAAUUGGCUGCUCGUUAUGAUGACUUUAAGGUUUAUCGAGUGAAUGUUAAGGAUGCCCAGCAGUUGAGUGAAUUUAUCAAAUUGGGAGACAAUUUACCGUUGCGCUAUUUAAGUGAACUUAAAGGCCCUGGUCACAGUUACAAUGUUGUCAUUGAUCCUGCCAACCAAGCUAAAUUGGAAUCACAAUUCAAUUUCCUGGAAUUGGAUUUCUCCUGUGUCAUUGAAGAUUUGCAAAGUGUCUUGGAAGAAGAAUCUCAGCCCCAAACCUUCGGUAUGGAACGUAUACGCACUGAAAUGGAUUGGACUCAAUAUCAUGAUUUGCCCGUCAUUUACAGUUGGUUAAAAAAAAUAGCCUUCAACAACCGUCGUUUGGUGAAAUCGUACGUGAUUGGUCGCUCUUAUGAAAGACGUCCAAUUCGAGCAGUAAAAAUUUCCUUCAAACCCGGCAAUAAGGCCAUUUUCGUAGAGUCCAACAUCCAUGCCAUUGAGUGGAUAUCUUCGGCCACCACCACCUGUUUCUUCGAAAACCUACUCAAUUCCUCGGAUGAGAAAAUGAAGAAUUUGCUAGAAAACUACGAUUGGAUAUUUGUGCCUGUUUUGAAUCCAGAUGGUUUUGAAUAUUCCCAUAAUGUGGAAAGAUUAUGGCGUAAGAAUCGUAGACCCACCGGAUUCCGUAAUGCUUCAGGUCCCUGUUAUGGCAUAGAUUUGAAUCGUAAUUUUGAUUAUAAAUGGGGAGUUAGUGGCUUUAAUUUCGAUGUCCCCUGCGAUCAUUGGUAUGGUGGCGCUAAGCCCAACUCUGAACCUGAAGUUAUUGCCUUGGAAAGUUUUGUUAAUAGUUUCGAUAAUGAUUAUAUUCGCAUGUAUUUGGCUGUACAUUCCUUUGGCCAAUUUGUUCUCUUGCCUUAUGGUCAUAGCAUCACAGAAUUCCCUCCUAAUUACGAUCAAAUGAUGAGAAUUGCUACGGCUUUUGCUGAUGGUGCUCGUGUGAAAUAUGGCACAGAGUUCUUGAGUGGUGCCAGUGGUUUAUUGAAUUAUGUUGUAUCGGGUACUGCCAAUGAUUGGGCUUAUGGUGUCAAGAAUAUACCCUUUACAGCCACCAUUGAAUUACGUGAUCGCGGUCAAUAUGGUUUCUUCUUGCCAACCUCGCAAAUAUUGGAGGUCUGUUAUGAAUUUACUGAUGGUCUUGUGGCCAUGGUAGCCAAAGCCCAAGAAGAGGGAUUAUUUGAUUAAAAACAAUCAUAACACUUAAAUCU